AUUUUUGCUAGAGUCUAGUCAUGUGGCAAAACUGAGUUAAUCCUGCAAGGAAUUUGCCCUGUGAAUGAUAGAGGGAUGUAGACACAGUGAGACAUAGACUCAGAUUCUCACUGAACGGAGCAGUAAAGCAGACUGAGAGAUACAGCCAAACCAACACUACAGGGACUUGAAGACAACCAGCUGAGAAGAGAAUGGGACUGAUACAGAUUUUUUGUCUAGAGUUAAGUCUGAUCCUCACCGGAGCAGUGUUACAUGCUACUGAAAUCAGACAAACUGGUUGGACUGGUAAGCUGUUAGUGAUACCCAUGGAUGGUAGUCACUGGACUGGUCUGAAGGCUGUCUCAGAGGACCUGGGUCGUAGAGGUCAUGAAGUAAUGGUGGUGAUGCCAGAAGUCAGCAUGCGCUUAGGCCCUGGAAAACACUACACCACCAAAACGUUUGCAGUACCAUACAGCCAAGACCUACUGGACAACAUGACACGUAGGCACGGUGAAAUACUGAAGAUGUCAAAAGUGUCCUUCAUCAAACGUAUCAACAUGUUUCUGGAAAAUAUGAAGGAUAUUCUUUACAUUUUCACGUCAACAUCUGAGAGCCUCUUGUUCGACCCAGAGCUUCUGGCCUUUCUGCGCGAGCAGAAUUUUGAUGCUUUGCUUACAGACCCUGCAUUUCCAUUGGGUGCUAUCCUAGCACAUAAUCUCUCUCUGCCAGCGGUCUAUAUGCUACGUGGUAUGCCUUGUGGGCUGGACACAAAAGCCACAGGCUGCCCUGAUCCUGUCUCCUACAUUCCUCGCUUUUUCACGAGAUAUACAGACCGCAUGUCCUUUGGUCAACGUGUUGUGAACUUGCUUGUGAGCAUGCUGGAGCCGUUAAUGUGUAAGUUAUUAUAUGGGUCACUCGAUGACAUAGCAUCGCGUUUAAUGCACAGAGACACAACCGUGUUGGACAUUCUGAAAGGUGGGGCUUUGUGGUUGAUGAGGUAUGAUUUUAUGUUAGAGUUUCCCAAACCUCUGAUGCCCAACAUGGUGCUGAUCGGUGGAAUUAACUGUGCUGUGAAGAAUCCUCUUCCAAAGGUAAGUCUCAGUGCAGCUGUGGGCAGUGGCAAAUUUACCAAAUACAGGGCUUUGGCCAUGAAACCUAUGAUGGACCACUUUAAAAUAAAUUAUUUACAUUUACAUGUACUACCAAUAUGACUGUAAUAGCUUAAUUGACUGAUUGGCCAACAACAGAGACACAAAAUACGAGCAUGCUCAAAUAGCUGUAAUAGAAGAGAGCUUUUAAUGAAGGGAGAAGAGUCUUGGUUGGCUACAAAACAUUAUUUGUUUAUCUUUUAUCACAGCCAGGCAACAUUAGGCAACAAUAAAGUGUGGCUGCUGUUUGUCACACACAAACCAUACAAUGCCAUUGCAUUGCCGACAAAAACAGAGGCAAAUAUUUUAUAUUGUUUUGAAAAUUUGCAUUAGCUCCAUUGUUUCUGAUAAGCAAGUUCAGGAAAAGUUUUAAAAAUAGGAAGGGGGAACACACUGGAAAGAAAAACGGAAGCUUGAACAUUUCAUUUUAUUAUUUGUUUGUUCCUUCCUGAAGACUUUGUGCUAAGAUAAUUUGUCAGUGAAUAUGUGAUUCCAGUCUUUUGGAUUUUUGGUUAAAUAUUUACAAAGAUUAGUUGCAAACAAGUGCAAAAUUUCAGGGCAGUUAAAUGUAUGAAUUUAGGUGUUGAAAUAUUCCAUAUUUAACUGAAGCAUAAAAUUAAACAUGAAUUUACUAUGUGAAUAUGAAUUUUAAUAGCCGAACAUGAAGCAUGAUUCCUUUACACUUAUUAAAAGCCAUAUAACAGCUAUAUGACUUUAUAAGACAAUAUGUAAUGACAAUAUAUAAUAAUAACUUAUUUU